UGAUGACAGUCUACGUCUUUGAAGUGCUUUCUAUUCAAACUGGAAAAUAUAUAAAGCUAGGAAUCACCUUCAAAGCAGGUUGACUUGAGAAAUUUUCCUUCACUUUACAUACUUUUAUUUGACUCUAUGCAAACAUCAAACUAAGAAUGGCAAAAAUGAGUCUCUCUUCCUACAUAUUAAUACUAACUUUUUCUCUGUUUUCUCAAGGCAUUUUACUUUCAGCAUCCAAGUCCAUAAGAAAUUUAGAAGAUGACAUGGUAUUUAAUACAUUCAGGCUGGGGAAAGCUUUUCAGAAGGAUGAUACUCCUCAAAAAUCAGUCGUCGUUCCUUCUCUGGAACAAUAUAAAAAUGAUGAGAGCAGUUUCAUGAACGAUGAGGAAAACAAAAAUUCAAAGAACACAGGCUCCAAACAUAAUUUCUUAAAUCAUGGUCUGCCACUGAAUCUGGCUAUAAAACCUUAUCUGGCACUAAAAGGAUCUGUAGCUUUUCCAGCUGAGAAUGGAGUUCAGAAUACUGAAUCAACACAAGAAAAGAGAGAAAUUGGGGAUGAAGAAAACUCAGCUAAAUUUCCUAUAGGAAGGAGAGAUUUUGACAUGCUCAGGUGCAUGCUGGGAAGAGUCUAUCGACCUUGUUGGCAAGUCUGAAACCUGCUGGACCACAUCUUUCCUGAAGAAAAC